AUGGUCAUCAGUCUCGGCAAAGGAUACUACGAUCUGGUAGUGAAGCAAAACGCUGCUGCUCACGUUGCUGAAUGCUUUGCCUUUGAUCUCACCAUGUAUCGCUUGAAAGACAUGGCAGACCCUCUAUUCUCCCCCGAAUCUGGAAAGUCCUAUCCGGAAACACUGCACAGUGCUUUGAGCCAGAUGAAACAUCAAUUUGAAAAGGCAUUGAAGGAAACUUCCAAGUCAGCAUACUACACGGAGCUUCUCUAUGAAUGGUACCCAUGGCAGAUGCGAUGCUUAUACAAAUUACUGGCAGAACACGGACUAUGCGGCCUUACCUGUCAGUGA